AUGUCUGAGUGUGGAAAAUUUGGGCCAUUAGUUGGGGCGAUAGAUGAAGGAACUUCAAGUGCGCGGUUUAUUAUAUUUAAAGCAAAUUCUUGCGAAGUAGUUGCAACAUAUCAAAAAGAAAUUGAGCAACAUUUUCCUCAAGAGGGUUGGGUUGAACAGGAUGCUUGUGCUAUUCUGGAAGUAGUUACAAUAUGUAUUAAUGAAGCUGUGAAGCAAUUAGUUUCAUUGGGUGGAAGCCCAAAGGAUAUAGUUGCAAUUGGUGUAACAAAUCAACGGGAAACAACAAUAGUAUGGGAUAAAAUAACAGGAAAACCUCUGUAUAACGCUAUUGUAUGGCUUGAUAUGAGAACAUCAUCAACAAUUGACAAAUUACUUGACUUAGUUCCAAACAAAACUAGGAAUAAGAAUUAUUUGAAGCCAUUAUGUGGUCUGCCUAUGUCCCCAUACUUCAGUGCGGUUAAACUAAGGUGGCUAGCCGAUAAUGUUGAGGUAGUCCAGCAAGCUUUAAAGAAUGGAACUUGUUGUUUCGGCACUGUGGACACAUGGCUAAUUUGGAAUCUAACAGGGGGUGUUAAUGGGGGCAAGCAUAUAACAGAUGUGACAAAUGCAUCGCGAACAAUGCUCAUGAAUAUUGAAACACUUAACUGGGAUCCACUUUUGAUGAAAUUCUUUGAAAUACCUAAGUGUGUAUUGCCUCAAAUCAAAUCUAGCUCAGAGAUAUAUGGUUACAUAGCGGAUGGUCCCUUAAGAAGUAUUCCCAUAUCCGGUUGUCUUGGUGACCAACAAGCUGCUCUAGUUGGCCAGUUAUGUCUACAGAAGGGACAAGCGAAGGCCACAUAUGGAACUGGAUGUUUUGUCCUAUAUAAUACAGGAGAUGUUCGUGUUAAUUCUAGCAAAGGGCUUCUAACAACUGUUGCCUACCAACUGGGAGCUAACAAUGCACCUUGUUAUGCUUUAGAGGGCUCUGUCGCUGUAGCGGGGGCAGCACUGGGAUGGUUAAAGGACAAUGUAGGUAUACUGGAAAGUGCCAAACAGUCGCAAGAAUUGGCUGAAAUGUCCACAGAGAAUGGUAGUGUCGUUUUUGUUCCCGCAUUUAGUGGGUUAUAUGCACCAUAUUGGCGACAAGAUGCCAGAGGGGUAAUAUGCGGUAUAACGGAGGAUACAAAUUCAAAUCAUAUAGUAAAGGCAGCAUUGGAAGCAGUCUGUUUUCAAGUAAGAGAUAUCCUAGAUGCAAUGAACGAAGACUGUGGAAUCCCAUUGCAACUCUUGAAGGUGGACGGUGGCAUGACUUCCAAUUCGCUAGUAAUGCAAAUGCAGACUGAUCUUAUAGGAAUUAACAUUAUAAAGGCCGGUUUUACCGAAAGUACUGCGCUAGGGGCGGCACUCGUCGCCUUUUGGGGCUUAGAUAGAAAUACACAAACGCCAAAUAUCGAUAUACAAAAUGGUCAGAUGUACAGCCCUAAAAUAACCGAAGAUGAACGCGACAUGAGAUAUAAGCAGUGGAAAAUGGCAGUCGAACGCUCGUUGGGAUGGGAACAGAAUUAA